AUGACGGAAGUUGCGCAGCCGGGUACCGAGGUGUUUUCGGAGAAGAAAAAGAAGAAAAACAAGGGCAGUGUCACACUAGGCACGUUUCAGAAGAUCAAUGAUUUCAAAAUAGAGCCCUCGGAAAGUGUAUCAAAGCUCGACACAGCGUUUUGGCCUUUGUUGUUGAAGAACUUUGAUCGUCUCAACGUGAGAACUAACCACUACACGCCGCUGCCAUUCGGCCAUUCGCCACUGAAACGCCCGAUCGCGGAGUACGUCAAAUCUGGUUUUAUAAACGUCGACAAACCCAGCAAUCCCAGCUCGCACGAAGUCGUGUCAUGGAUUAAACGUAUUUUGAAGGUGGAGAAAACUGGUCAUUCGGGUACCUUGGAUCCUAAGGUCACAGGUUGCCUAAUAGUCUGUGUCGAUAGAGCUACACGUUUAGUCAAAUCUCAACAGAAUGCCGGAAAGGAGUAUGUUGCUGUCUUCAAUCUGCAUUCUGCAGUCGAGAGUAUUAAGAAAGUUACUCAAGGUCUUGAGAAGUUGCGAGGUGCAUUAUUCCAACGACCACCCUUAAUAUCUGCUGUGAAACGUCAGCUCCGUGUUCGUACUGUGUACGAGAGUAAACUACUAGACUAUGAUCAAGAACGAAACAUUGGUGUUUUCUGGGUGAGCUGUGAGGCUGGUUCUUAUAUCCGUACCAUGUGUGUACACUUAGGAUUAAUGCUUGGUGUAGGUGGCCAAAUGAUAGAGCUAAGGAGAGUGCGUUCUGGCAUCCAGGGUGAGAAGGAAGGUAUGGUAACCAUGCAUGAUAUAUUAGAUGCUCAGUGGGCGUACGAGAACCAUAAAGAUGAAACCUACCUCCGAAGAGUAAUAAACCCACUAGAAGGAUUAUUAGUUGCACACAAACGGAUUUUUAUUAAGGACAGUGCAGUGAAUGCUGUAUGUUAUGGUGCAAAGGUCUUAAUUCCUGGUAUUCUAAGAUACGAAGAUGGAAUAGAAAUUGAUCAGGAGAUUGUAAUUGUUACGACUAAGGGAGAAGCUGUAGCUCUAGCCAUUGCCUUAAUGACCACAUCAACGAUUGCCUCAUGUGAUCAUGGUGUGGCAGCUAAAUUAAAAAGAGUCAUCAUGGAAAGAGAUACAUAUCCUCGCAAAUGGGGUCUUGGACCGAAAGCAUCUCAGAAGAAAAUGCUCAUCCAACAAGGAAAGUUAGACAAAUUUGGCAAACCAAAUGAGAACACUCCUAAAGAAUGGUUAAACAGUUAUGUAAAUUACAAUAAAAAAGAUGAAAAUGGCAGCACCGAAAUCGAGGAUGUGAACAGAAAGAGAACAGCAAGCACAGCUAAUGCAGAGAAUCCAGACGAUUCUACAGAAAUAAAAGCAGAGAAGAAGAAGAAGAAAAAGAAAAAAGACCAAGAAGGCGAGGCUGAUGCCAAUACAACAGUAGAUGCGGAUACAACAGUUGAAGCAGCAGACGACUCAGUGAGGAAGGAAAAAAAGAAAAAGAAGAAGAAGGACAAAGAACAGGAGCGACAGGAUGAGUGA